GUUAAACAUUCACUCACCUUUCUGACACCACAGCUGUAAUAUAGCGAACGACCCCGUUGAACGUUACUAACCAAUCUCUAUGGAACAAGUGAAAAAAGAGGCGUUGAAUGUUCAUUGUGAGGCAACAUGGUCAAACCAUGGUCUGCCUGUGCUCCAGUGCUCCUGUGCUCCUGUGCUCGUGUGCUCCUGUGCUCGUGUCGGCUUUGUUUACGCCGUGAACAACAGAGGCCCUGUUUUCAUGCAGGAGUCCGUCUUCACUGUUGGAUGUACCUGACCAUCAAAUGACCCUAACUUGUCAUAAAUAUUGGACCCAUACAAAAUAUAAAGAAACAUAUCAUUCUGAGCUCAUAUUUCUGGUUCAAAUGUUCAGACGCUGCCAACCUUGGCUGGUUCACUUGCAGUGAUGACCAUUGCACUUCCUUUCAGUGAUGUUUUGAAAUGUUUGGAUCCCAAUUGCUGCAGUGAGACAUUACUGUCCUCGGAAGAGUUGGAGCGGAGGCGGGGGCAGCUGGCUGCUCUGUCCAUCGCAGCAGUUGUCAUCCUCAUCGGCGUCCCCUUGUGGUGGCGAACAACAGAAACCUAUCGCGCCUGGCUGCCGUUCAGCCAGAUUAAUGAGUUGACCAACCUGCAGCUGCAGCUGAGCGCUGAGGUGGAGGUGGUGUUUGCACGAGGAACCGUGACCCCUGAGCAGCAGAAGAAGUUCCCGCUGACACUGACCAAGGAUGAUGAACAUGUUAUUGAUGGGAACACAGCUGUGCGGUACAGGUACGAGACGCGCUUUCGAACCGCGACCAUCAUGGAGGAGGAUGCGUUGAGCCGGCCGUCUGCUGCUGAGGCCGACCUGUCGCUGCACCUGCUCAGUGAGAGUCCGUGUGGUUCCUUGGUCAUUUACGUCAUCCCGGAGUCCUCGCCACUUCUCCCGCCGGGGGUGGAUGUCUACAUCGGGAAGCGGCGGACAGCUGUGCUGCGCCCGGGUGCUGCGGGCCACGCCGGGAGGUCUCUGGACAAAGUGCUGUCCCACCUGGAGCCCAGGAUCACACAGAUUCUGCAGGUCAUGUCCUUCAGCCACUCUGACAUCGCAGCUGCGCUCAGCGACCGAGUCAGGCUCAGUCCCACCAACAAAAGGAGCAAAGCCGACAGCAUGAGAGCCUUCAAGUCCAGUCCAGGUUACGAAAUCACCUUCAGUCUGUUGAACCCUGACCCCAAAUCGCACCGCCUCCACUGGGACAUCGAAGGUGCGGUGCAGAGCUACAUCCAGCCGAUGCUCUCCAAGCUGUCUCCGGUGGCAAAUUUCAGCAUCGACUCGCAGAUCCUCUACUACGCCAUGCUGGGUGUCAACCCCCGCUUCGACAGCAGCCACAGGAAGUACACGCUCAGCGCCGACAGCUUGGCCCACGUCAUCAACCCUGUGGAGGCCAGACUGGGAUCCAACGCGGCCUCCUCCAACCCGGUGCUGAACUUCCUGCUGUACGUCCCAGAUGCCCACCAUUCUCCUCUUCACAUCCGUGACCACAGGAAGCAGGAAGUGCCUUCAAACGCGUUUCACUCCCCUCGCUGGGGCGGCAUCAUGGUUUACAACGUCAAUGAUGAGUAUGGACCGGAGGCGGAGCUGCCGGUAGAUCUCAACAUAGACAUGGCCAGAGUCAUGGGGGUCUUCCUGGCCCAGCUGCGGUGGGUGGCGACGUACCUGCGGUUUUUCCUCUCAAAAGGCAUGACUCAUUUGCCGCCCUGUGUUGCCAGGCUGCUGCUGGGCGUGCAGUCGGCCACGCCUCCUCAGGGCUUCCUGCUGGAGCCGUGCGGCAGCGCGGGACUGGCCGACUGGGAGCUGGACCGCCUCAUGUGGACUCGCAGCGUGGAAAACAUUGCAACUGCAACUAUGAGCGUCACCUCGCUGGCACAGCUGCUGGACCAGAUCGGCAACAUUGUCAUCAACGAUAACAUCGCGCAACAGGUGUCCAGCGCCGUCGCCUCGCUGCAGCUGGCCGUGGCUGAGCUGGAGUCUGCGAACGUGGCCUUCGCGCUGCAGUACAGUAAAGAGGCCACGCUGGCGUCUGAGCGAGCCUUCUUCGACCCCUCGCUGCUCCACCUCCUCUACUUCCCCGACGACCAGAAGUUUGCCAUCUACAUCCCGCUCUUCCUGCCCAUGUGUGUUCCCAUCCUGCUGUCGCUGCUCAAAAUACUGUCCGAGGUUCGAAAGAGACGCAGAGAAAAACAAACCAAAAAGGAAUGAGUAGUUCCUGCUCAGUUUGGGAUUGUUUCAUUCAGCUCUUUGUUGUUUGCGUGACGUCGUCCCACGCUGGACAUUUAAGGACUUGAAUGUGAGCAUUUUGGUUUUUUUAUUUAAGUUAUUGACAAAUAAAGGCGUUUUAAG